AUGCCGCAUCAAGUUUUUGGCGCCGUUGCCGGGGAUUGCAUCAUAAACACUUGCAUAGUACUUGGAGAUGAAUCACAACACCAACAUCCACUUUGGGAACCGGACACUGAUCCCACACGAUCUCCACGGCCGGAGUUACCAAGACCCAGCCGUAAGCAUCAGUGCCACAUCCGUUCCCUCCCAACCGCGCUCAUCCGACGUUUGAAGGACCUAGCCGAGACGAGCAUCAUUACCAUCAUCAUCAAAACCGACCUCCGGUUUAUCAUCAACCACCUAGACCAGUGUUGCAUUCACACCACGACCAUGUUCUCAAUAGGCGGAGAGAUAGCCAUUUCGAUGCCGUGCUUGAGGGUUUCAUGGAGAGCCAAAGAAAACUAG